GAAAAAUCGAUCCCCGAAUUGGGCCACACAGUGACUCCUUCGCGACGCCUUCCUUUCUUCUCGUCCCUCAUUCGCUCACCAGCAUCACAACUCACCGCCCCCUGGCAAGGUCACUCUGUCGCGUUCAGCCUUAGAGUGCCGCCACUGAUUGACACACGCAUACGCACACACGCAGCAUUGAUUGCCCGUCCGCACCUCCGACGCGCUCUACUCACCUCAUUGACGCCCCUCAGCGUUCCCCUCUCCGUCUCUCCCUUUCCUGCUCCCUUUAGUCUCUCUCCUUGAUCAAAAUGGUCUGCACCGACUGCGUCCCCUCGGAAGGCCCUGUCCAGAAGGUCAACGGCCAUGCCAACGGCAUCACUGACACUCACGUCGGUAUCGACAACAAGGCGCUGACGAAGCAGAAGGCUGAGCAGCCGCGGGGGAGCGUCUCGGCGCAACCUUUCGGAAAUGUCACGGCUGGCAACCUGGCUAACUUCAAGAUCAUCGAGAGCACCCUGCGUGAGGGCGAGCAGUUCGCCAACGCUUUCUUCGACACCGAGACCAAGAUCAGGAUCGCCAAGGCCCUCGACGAGCUUGGGGUCGACUGCAUCGAGCUGACGAGCCCCGCAGCCAGCGAGCAGUCGCGCGCCGACUGCGAGAAGAUCUGCAAGCUGGGUCUCAAGACCAAGGUCAUCACCCACAUCAGGUGCCACAUGGACGACGCGCGCAUCGCCGUCGAGACUGGCGUCGAUGGCGUCGAUGUCGUCAUGGGCACGAGCAAGUUCCUGCGCGAGCACUCGCAUGGCAAGGACAUCACCUACAUCACCAAGAAGGCCGUCGAGGUCAUCGAGUUUGUCAAGUCCAAGGGCAUCGAGAUCCGGUUCUCGACUGAAGACUCCUUCCGGUCCGACCUCGUCGACCUGUUGAGCAUCUACCAGGCCGUCGACAAGGUCGGCGUUAACCGGGUGGGCAUCGCCGACACCGUGGGUGUGGCCAACCCGCGGCAGGUGUACGACCUCGUCAAGGUCCUCCGAGGCGUCAUCUCGCCCCAGUGUGACAUCGAGGUCCACCUUCACAACGACACAGGGUGUGCCAUCGCAAACGCCUACGCCGCCCUCGAGGCCGGUGCGACCCACAUUGACACGACCGUCCUCGGCAUCGGCGAGAGGAACGGUAUCGUGCCUCUGGGAGGGUUCCUCGCCCGAAUGUACACUGUCGACCGCGACUUUGUCAUGAACAAGUACAAGAUCAACCAGCUGCGUGAGGUCGAGAACCUCGUCGCCGACGCCGUCCAGAUCCAGGUGCCCUUCAACAACUACGUCACGGGCUACUGCGCCUUCACCCACAAGGCGGGCAUCCACGCCAAGGCUAUUCUGGCCAACCCUGCGACGUACGAAAUUCUUAAGCCGGAAGACUUCGGCAUGUCACGUUAUGUCAACAUCGGCUCGAGGCUCGUUGGGUGGAACGCCAUCAAGAGCCGAGCCGAGCAGCUUGGCUUGGCUCUCACCGACGAGCAAAUCAAGAUUUGCACGCAAAAGGUCAAGACACUGGCCGAUGUGCGAGAGCAGACCGUUGAAGACGUGGACCGAAUUCUGCGGGACUACUGGCACGCCCUGCCGGACAACUCGCAGAAGACCGUCGAGGCUCCUCCGGCCGAAAUGGUCAAGCCGUAGAUGUGCUCCUCGCCCUUGCUAGAUGCCCUUCCUACUUCGACCGGGUUCUACCCCUAUUUCUUCUUCCUGUUCGAUAUUCAUCCCUCUUAACGAUUCUUUUUCCCCACUGUGUCCUUACUUGUCUGUGGUACAUCCAUUGUCCACACUCUGAUUGUGUAAAAGAGCUCUGUCUCUCAAAAGCUGCUGAUCUCUCCUCUCUAAUGAAUGUAGUGGUGAAGCC